UCGCAUGUUGAGGUUAUCACAAUAUACAUUUGACAGUUGUCGUCGGUCAUUCGUCGAGUUCGCAACGCAUAGAAUUAAACUUCAUAGUGAGAAAUGUUAACGGUAUGCGGUUAUUUGUGUUUAUAUUGAUCAGUUUAACUGUUUGUACUAUAGUCUUGUGUUCCGAUAUGAUUGUGGGUGAUACCGUACACAGGAAAAUGGUGUUCCACCAAAGGGUCAAGGAAUUUCCGAUACCGUUUAAAAAGCGAAUAAAAUCAUUGUCGUAUAGUGAUCCUGAGAAACGUAUUAUCAAGGGUGUUGCCGCAAUCGACAAUGAUUUCUCUCACGCGAGCGCCAAUAUUACUGAAGGAGGAGUGGGUUAUUCUUACGUCACAGUUAGAAUGAAGAGCCAAAGACAUCACCCGCUAAACUUCGAAGUAGAAAUAUAUGUCUAGUCAAAGAGAUAUAGUUGAAAACCGUCCACGUAAAUACAAAUUUACGAAAACAAUAAUUACAUCGCACGCUUCGGUAAUUACAUUUGCGACAAUAUUUGCAUUUAAUAGUCACUUCACUUUUUACAAUCUACACUAAAGUACUGGCAGUAAAUUAUUAAAAUUAUUUGAAAAUAUGACGUAAGAAUGAGUGAUUAAAAAACUAAUAUAACAAAGCAAAUGUUGACACAUCUGUCUACUCCAACAAUGAUAUCGACUAAAAUUAUUAAUAAAUUCAUAUCAAAUGUCUAUACAUAUAUUUAAAUACGUUAUGAGUGUUUGUUUAGAAGUAAGUUUGUUAAAAAUCAAUUUGGGAUGCUAUUUAUAGUGCAUUAUGAUUCUGUUAAGAAAGUAGAAAUGUACACCAAUUUACGUUUCUUGAUAAAAGUGCGUUAUUCUUUUGUUUUUUCUAAUCUUAAAUAUAAAAUUGUUUUGUAAAUCUUCGCAAAUAAUUUACACUGCUGUAACAAGCACAGUUUUAUUUCGCAACAAAUAAUGAUAAUCUUUAAACUCGAAAAUGAUAAAAUAUAUUUUUCACGGCAUAAAUAUUCUUUAUAUCAGUAAAGUUUUCGUUUAUUUAAAUUGCAGACACAAGUAUACUUCAAAAGUUUCUCUAAAUUCUAUUCGUUUGAAUUUGCUCUCUUUACAAUAUUCUGGGUUAUGAGUUAUUUAUUUUUACUUUAACAUGAUUGUGUUAUUCAAACUUUCGUGAGACAUUAUAA